AUGUCUUGGUUGAAAGCUAAAGACUGGGCAUCGGGUGUGGAAUACUCCAACCUAUUUCACUCAGGUCUGCGAGCUAUCUCCCUCCGCUCCCUCAUAGGCACUCGAACACGGGCUCAGUCUACAGCCCCGAUUCCUUCACCACAAAAGACGAAGCGGAGAUACUCUCUCUCUUUGUCAUCUUGUCUGCUCAGGCGAAAUACCUCAACUAAGAGUCCUCCCACAUCCAAAUCUAGUCUGUCCCCGCCUUGUACAGGAAAGGGAGUGCGUCCACGACCGUCGUCUAUGUUCGUACGUCCCACUAAGGAGCUGAGUGAACUCUGGGAAAAGGGUGGGAGCUUUUUUGAUGACAUCGGUAAUGGAGCUGAUGGUUUACUUUUGCCCAUCGUGGACUUAGAAGAUCCGUUUUCUUCAUCGCCUCAGUCAAGAUCGUUUUAUGUGAAUCUAGGGGACCCAUCGCCUCUUCCACCCAAAGAAGAAUCUUUCCUCUCUUUGUCAAAUGAACUGGAUAUCCCCUAUCGACAACCCCGUCGCCAGCGUCCGCUCUCUACCCCAAUUAUGCCUCUGCCUUCUUGUAGGUUUUCUGGGCACUACUGGCGCGAGCGCAGGGAACGUAUCGAUCCUGCUUGGAUGCUGGAAGAGUCAAGUCCAGAGUUGGAGGCACAAGACGAUGGAGGGAAUGCUGAUGUCACAGAAAUAAAUCUUGACGGCGUGUCGGAUUGGCGCCAGUUCCACGUUGAUUGGCUCCAAAACGAGCCUGCUGUGCAGUUGACUACCGAUUUAGAGAUCUAA